GAAGGGUGACGCAGAAAGGGGCGAUUCCCUCACGUUCUCACAACAAAUCGCAGCUGAUCUCGGACGGCACCGGCGUGAAGGCGACAGAGGAGUGAUCUGAGCGAGCGGACAGCGGAGCCUGGCCUGCUGUAGAAAGGAGUAUGGCGGACGACGCGGAGCUGGCGGUGCCCGCCUCUAACAAAGGGCUGAUCGGUAGCCUGAGCGCGGCCGCCUGGUCUCUUGUGUACGUACCAGCAGCGAGGCAGCUAGACAUAGAAUCAGGCUGGCUUUCCAACUGGCUCCCUGCCUGGUGCCCCACAUCUGUGGCUCAUCUCAAGGAGGCCGAAGAGAAGAUGCUGAAGUGUAUUACAAGCACGUACAGCAAAGAACACGUGUUAAUAGGUGGUGGAAACAAAAUUUGGACCUUGUCAUUCGUGCAGCCACUCUUGCACAAGACUCCACUGGUGCUGCUGCAUGGUUUUGGAGGAGGGGUUGGACUGUGGGCUCUCAACUUUGAAAGUAUUUGCCAAAGGAGGACUGUGUAUGCCUUUGACAUCCUGGGGUUUGGACGCAGCAGUAGGCCGCACUUUGAAAGUGAUGCAGAGAAUGCAGAGAUGCAGUUUGUGGAGUCAAUAGAAGAGUGGAGGACUGCUCUAGGUCUGGAUCAUAUGAUUUUACUAGGACAUAACCUGGGAGCAUUUUUAGCCUCUGCUUACUCUUUGAAAUACCCAUCAAGGGUAAAAAGUCUAAUUUUGGUAGAGCCAUGGGGAUUUCCAGAAAGACCUGACAGUGCAGAUGAAAGACCAAUUCCAAUCUGGAUUAAAGCAGUUGGUGCUGUAUUAAGUCCAUUUAAUCCUUUAGCAGGACUUCGUUUAGCAGGACCGCUGGGUCUAAGUCUUGUUCAGCGGUUGAGGCCAGAUUUCAAGAAAAAGUAUGCUUCCAUGUUUGAGGAUGAAACUGUAACAGAAUAUAUUUACCAUUGCAAUGCACAAUCCCCAAGUGGUGAGACUGCGUUCAGAAAUAUGACUGUCCCAUAUGGCUGGGCUCGGAAACCGAUGUUACAACGUAUUGAUAAAAUGCAUCCAGACAUUCCAAUCACUGUGAUCUAUGGAGCGCGUUCUUGUAUCGAUGGGAAUUCCGGAAGCACCAUUCAGUCGCUGCGGCCAAACUCGCACGUUACAACAAUUGCAAUUCGUGGUGCUGGCCAUUAUGUGUAUGCUGACCAGCCAGAGGAUUUCAAUCAAAAAGUAUCUGAAAUAUGUGAUUCUGUGGAUUGACCUUGAAAGCUGCUUUGCAAAUUUCUCCUCAGACUCAUCUCCUUAACUUCCACUGGAAUCUAAACGAAUUAAUGCAAAAUGCAGAGAUUUCCUCAGUCAUUGGUGCUUUAUCUUCUAAAGAUUCUUCAACCAGAAUUGUGCCUUUUUUGUAGGAACUAAUUUUAGAUUAACAAUGUACAGCUUUUACAAGUUUCCAGAGUGUUUAUAUUUAUACUGCUAAAUUUCAAAGGCGCUAUAUCUAAUUUUGUGAUUUAUGCAUAGAUAUAUAUUUACAAAACAUUAUAUAAGUCAUUUAUAACUUUUUUUUUUUUUUUUUUUAGCUGCAAAUAGGCAUUGUGCCGAUCUACUCCAAGGACACUUAUCCUAAUGUUUGUUUGACUCCUUGCAUGUUGUGACAAUGUUGACUGUGUGUACAUCUGUUAUUCUAUUUAUUUUUAUGUUGUUAAAUAUUCUUUUUGUGUGUGCCAAGUACUGCAUAUAUGAGAACUAUGCCUGGGUGUCUGGAUCAUUUGUUGUCUGUUUUAAGACUGUAACACCUUGUGAGUGAGUGUGAAAACACUACCAGAAUUGUGUAAGGUAGUUACGAACACAACUGUCAAUUCACAAUCAGUGCAAUAACUAGACAAAAGCUAUUAAAUAUCCAGUUUCAUUGAGGUAAAAUACAAGAUAUGUUUUAAUUCGUAGGAAUCUGAACCACUUCCAAAGUAUACCAACACCUUCUUAUGCGCAACAUUAGGUGUUGUGUGGCCGCAAUAUUUUCACUGCGCAUUCAAUGAGAAAUUUGCACAGGGAUACUUCUGUAUUGAACUGCUAAGCAUAUACAUGUGUGCAAUACAUGUGUGUGUGUGUGUAUAUAGCUAUCUAUAUAUAUAUAUAUAUAUAUAAUGCACGCACAUGCAUUAUAUAAAAUGUGUAAUAUGUAAAUAUAAACUAGAGUAUAUAUGACAAUAAUUUCCAUACGUCAGGGUUAAACAGAAGGUGAGGGUAUGCGUGCUGUCAAAUAAAGUGUACAAUGGUGUCAGUUGAAUGUUUGGUAGAUAUUAUACCAAAAGGGUUUUUUAGAUGAAAAUGUAAAUAGUUAUUCGGACUCCUUUUAUGGCCCUUACAUAAUGGGUCAUUAUUAUUUAUUAUUAAAUAGGUAGUGAUCCAGUGCUGAUUAAGCAUUGUAUAGAGUGCUAAGCUCUGAUUUCUCUAUUCCCUUCCUGCGUGAUUAAAGAACUGUAGAUUUUAUGCAGCACUCUUCUGUCUAAUGCACUGUAAUGUUCUAUAUUUAAUAUUUUAACUUCUCACUAUAAUGUGAUACAAGCUGUAGCAAUUAGAGUGUACUACAGAGGGAGAAGAGCUGUAUGCAAAUGUGUGUGUACAGUACCACCAAAUCUGGUUCUAUGCAAGCCGGAAAAGGAGGCUUGUACUGGACUUUUGGCGAUUUUAUAAAUGUAAAAAAAAAAAAAAAAAAUCUGUAAAGAAUAGGUGGGUGGAGUAUGCAAUAGAUAGGUUUAUAUUAUGAUUUACGAACUGAAUAAACCUUAUUACAAGGUUAACCAGGAAAUUUAAAUAGGUAUUCAUCUUCUCAAUUUACACAUUUUGUUUAAGAAAACAAACAAAAACAAGAAACCGACCUGGAGUUGGUUUAAGCACUGCAAUACACACAUUAUGUGGACAAUGUAGUAUUUCCACUUUGCACUGUUUUUAAUCUGCUGAAACUGGUUCUAAGGGGGCAAUUCAAUUAGCGCCGACGUGCAGUUUCAAUGUGUGCCUGCGCUUAUCACCACUUAUUACGGCAUCACGACAUCACAGAUUUUCCUGUACAAAUGAUGACAUCGAGGUGCUAGAGAAACAGCUGGAUAGCUGGCACCUUAUGCCCUUUGCUGUUAAUUGAAUUGCCCCCUAAUGUGUACUGUUCAAGUUUGUGUUGUCUUUAAGCAGUAUAUAAUAGUAUUUAUAAAUGUUAUUGUUUUUUUCUUUUUGUUAGAGUUGCAUGUAGCUAACCGUGUUUUGGAGGAAUUUCUAUGACAGCGGCUUCAGUUCAUCAUCAUCUUUUCAUUUCAACCAAAAAUAUAUAUUGUAUUUUUUAGGAAUGUAAUGCAGAAUAGUUGCCAUAGAGACCUGUAUUGAGGUGUUGGAAUAGUAGGGUUUUUUUCCAUUUUUUUAUUGUAGGUACAAAGAUCACUGCUUGGAGCAAAAGUGUAGAUACAGCACUUCACAUUUCUGUUUUGAAACCACAAUGUAUGGAUAUUGAAACCUAGGUAUGAGCCAAAUAAAUGCAAGCACGUUUAUGUAAAUCUUCCAUAUAUUUUAUUUAAAUAGAAAAUACAGAUUAUGGACCCUCUGUGUUAACUGUUAAGAACCUGCACAUUAUAUGGGUUUUUUUUUAUUCCUAUUAUAUAAAAUAAAUAUGUACAUAUAUAUUUAGUUUUCUUCACUGAAUCCUCAAAUUUCAUGAUCAGUAUAACAGAUGUGUAAUUUAAUAACAAUGAAUAUGGAGUAUGGUAAAACAUACUUCAACUUUAAAAAUAUUUAGAAUAUUUCUCAGUUAUUGUUACUGGAAUGCAAUAAAAUGUUUUAUUAGCCCUGAAUCUUGAUUAAUGAUGUGCAGUGGAUACAAUUACUACUAGCAUGCUUGUGAUAGCUGAACCAUUUUUCUGUUUGUCCCAUAAUCCUUUGUACAUCGUUCAAAAACCAUCUGUCUGGUUAUCUGUCAAUAAAACACCAUGAGUGUGUAAUCUA